CCGGAAUGACCACCGCACCGAGUAGUGGACAUGGUGUACCUUGGGCGGCCUUCACGGGGAUGUCAAGCAUGCAAGACUCGUCGAAUCAAGUGUGAUGAGACAAGACCAGCAUGCAAUAAUUGCAUCAAGACGAAUCGGGAGUGCCCAGGCUUGCCCGAAGAGGUAGAUCUCAUCUUUCGUGCAGAAAAACCUGGAGCCUCUCGCAAGAAAGGCAAGAAAGGGAAGAGCAACACCGACGUCGCCGUACUCGAGACUCUUGUCGAUGAGUGUGGAGAGCAUCAAAAGCUAGCGAAGGAGUAUGAGAGUCCACAGCCUUCUACAUCGCAACUCGACCACCGGUAUGGCGAUGUAUCCCCAGCAUCGCGCGGAAGCCCGGCCGGCCAUACAGCAGAUCUCGUCGAACAAAUGUCACUUAACCCUACAAUCGAAAAGCAGGCCACGGCAUUCUUCUUCAACAACUUCGUCCUACCUCCGAGAAACAAAGAGACAACGCGAGGCUUUCUCGAACUAGCCGUGCCUCUGUUCAACGCCAGUAAAGAAGGAUCGCCGCUGCAUCUCGCAACAGAAGCUGUGUCGGUCUCAAUCAUAGCCAAUUGGCCUGGACGACGACACUUGCAGCAAAAGUCGGCGCGAUUAUAUGGUCAGGCACUUGCGGCAACACAAAAAGCACUACAGGAUCCAGCAGAGGCCACAAGUGAUACGACUCUUCUUGCCAUCCUCAUGUUCUCGCUGUACGAAUCGGUCACAAGCUCUGAGCGAUCAGUGCAGGCCUGGGCCAAGCACAUCGAAGGUGCUGUAGCGAUUGUGAGGGCGAGAGGACCUCAACAGUUCGCCAACCCUCAAUCUCUACUGCUCUUCCGGGCAGUUCGGACGCAAAUGCUCACCAACGCCAUCCAACAAUGCAGAGAUAUUCCCGACUUUCCCGGAGCCAAAGGGUGGGCCGGAGAUAUUGGCGAAGACCAGAAUGCUGCUUCCACACUCAUCAAAUAUUCUGUGCGGUUGCCGACACUACUCACCAAGGCCAAGCCUCUCUUUCUCUCGGAGAAGACUCCGCAAACUAUAGCUCAGGUCACCGAAAUGCUCGUUGAAGCAUUCGAGAUUCAGCGCGGACUUCUAGACUGGGAGCAGCAGAUACCGGCUCAGUGGGGCUAUCGCUCCAUCGCAAACCGCCGCUUCAGCGCACCUGAUGUAGACAGUAUCGACGACGUGGAGGUGUGGCCCGGACCAACCAUGCAUGUGUAUAAAGACGUCCACAUCGCAUGCAUCCGGAACAAUAAUCGCGUCAGCCAGAUCCUUUGCUGCUCAAUUGUGAUUGAUGCUCUCAAAUGGCUCAAUGAAGACCCGGCACGGUGCACAUCCGAUGAGCGAUUCAUCAGCGCGAGACACCGACUGCAGACAUUGGUCGACGAGAUCUGCUACAGUGUACCGUUUCACAUGUACGGCCCGGACCUCUCCGAGAACAUGCAGGCAGGCAAGAAGAUCAGAAAUGCGUCACAAGCCAUCGGCGGAUAUUUCCUCAUCUGGCCGCUAUAUACUGCUUCCAACAUGCAGGAUAUUCCCGACAUUCAACGUCGCUGGAUGCGAGGACGUCUCGCGGCCAUAUCCCGUCAAUAUGGACUUGAUCAAUCCGGCAUCAUGACGUGCCUCAACAGAGGUCGUUCCGGUGCCAAUUGGAGUCCCGGGCCAGAAGCGCGCGAACACAGAUUGAGCGAACCUUCAGCUUUUACUACUCUGACUUGCAGCAGCAGCAGCAGCAGAACGUCAGCGAGGGCUUCUCCGUCUCCCGAGUGACGUUUAGACUGGGCGAGCCGUUUGCACGAAUCGAGAUGCAUAGUAUUAUUGGCUCGAAGACAGAUCUUAUGGCAGCAUGCUAUUCGGCCUCAAGUUACCCCAACCCACCACUUCCGAGAGUCAAUUUGGGCAGAACGACGAUUCGGUGAAGGAGACUGGAGUUGCGAGGACACUUCGCCACCAGAGUCGUCGGUCUGACUUAAAGAUUCUGCGAUGCUGGUCCUCGGAGUACAGAGAGGAUCAUGCACGCGUGGUCAGGUCAUAAGUGCCGUAGCCCGCGGAAGCCGUAUCUCGUGCACCAUACACGUGUGAGCUGCAUGUUAGAAGGAUGUGAAAAAGCGGUAGCGAAGGCUGGAGGAGUUGGCGCACAGGCAAGAGUGGUUCUGGCGCUGUUUAAACUCAUCAGCCUCCGGCCACUCCGACGAGAGUGGCAUAGUUCUAU